AUGAUGGAACAAUCCAGAGGAGGCCAAGAACAAAGGAGAGCAACGCAUGCAGGGACGUGGUAUGACGCGGACUGCAAAAGUUUAACGGGGCAAAUUCGCCGGUGGCUUCAGCGAUCCACCAAAGUCUGCGACGGACAAAUCAAGGCCCUCAUCUGCCCGCACGCGGGCCUGCGUUUUUCUGGCUCAACAGCUGCUAGCGCCUGGAAGCAAGUGAACCCCUCGGACUUCAAGCGGGUGUUUCUGCUGGGCCCCUCUCACUAUAAAUAUUUUCGGGGGGUUUCGCUGCCCUCAGAUAGAUGCAGUGUAUACGCAACUCCUUUGGGGGACUUGCAGCUCGACACAGAUACUCUGCAUGCGCUGCGAGCAACGGGGGUUUUCGGUGAAGUUUCUUUGGCGGAAGAUGAGGAGGAGCACAGCAUCGAGUUGAUGCUGCCUUUUCUGCGGCACACGUUUCCAGAGGGCGUAAAGAUUGUGCCGAUGAUUGUGGGGGACCUGAAGAGCCUCGAGGACGGCAACAAGUUCGCGGAUUUGUUGUUGGAGUAUUUCCUCCAGGAUGUAAAAAAUUAG